UUGUCAUGGGGGAGGUGGUGGCGCUAGGUGGCUACUGGCGCCCGAGGUAGAGGCAGUGGCACUGGAGUUGGCCGGGGGCAGCGGCAGAUUUGGGGCUUAAACAACUUGCAGGGAAGAAGGCCAGUGCAGCUGCUGUUGCAACCCAAGAUUUUGAUUCACAUCCAUAGAUUGAAAUAUUGGUGGGCCAGCCAUCCUCAGACACCUCACUGAGGACAGAUAGUUUUGGCUGUUUGGGACCCCUUGAGAUUCCAUAUGAAUUUCAAGAUUGGCUCGUCUAUUUCUGCAAAACAGGCUGUUGGAAUUUUGAUGAGGAAACUGAGGCUUGGUGAAGUUACGAAACUUGUCCAAAGUCACACAGCUUGUAAAGGGCACAGUCAAGAUUCAGAGCCAGCUUGUAAAAAUUAAAAUGAAUAAACUACGGCAAAGUUUUAGGAGAAAGAAAGAUGUUUAUGUUCCAGAGGCCAGUCGUCCACAUCAGUGGCAGACAGAUGAAGAAGGAGUUCGUACUGGAAAAUGUAGCUUCCCAGUUAAGUACCUUGGGCAUGUAGAAGUUGAUGAAUCAAGAGGAAUGCACAUCUGUGAAGAUGCUGUAAAAAGAUUGAAAGCUGAAAGGAAGUUCUUCAAAGGCUUCUUUGGAAAAACUGGAAAGAAAGCAGUUAAGGCAGUCCUGUGGGUAUCGGCAGAUGGACUCAGAGUUGUGGAUGAAAAAACUAAGGACCUCAUAGUUGACCAGACAAUAGAAAAAGUUUCUUUCUGUGCCCCAGAUAGGAACUUUGAUAGGGCCUUCUCUUACAUAUGUCGUGAUGGCACAACUCGGCGCUGGAUCUGUCACUGCUUCAUGGCUGUCAAGGACACGGGUGAAAGGCUGAGCCACGCAGUGGGCUGUGCUUUUGCAGCCUGUUUAGAACGUAAGCAGAAGCGGGAGAAGGAAUGUGGAGUGACUGCUACUUUCGAUGCCAGUCGGACCACUUUCACAAGAGAAGGAUCAUUCCGUGUCACGACAGCCACUGAGCAAGCAGAAAGAGAGGAGAUUAUGAAACAAAUCCAAGAUGCUAAGAAAGCUGAAACAGAUAAGACAGUUGUUGGUUCAUCAGUGGCCCCUGGCAACACUGCCCCAUCCCCAUCCUCUCCCACCUCUCCCACUUCGGAUGCUACUGCCUCUCUGGAGAUGAACAAUCCUCACGCCAUCCCACGCCGGCACGCACCAAUUGAACAACUUGCUCGCCAAGGCUCUUUCCGAGGAUUUCCUGCUCUUAGCCAGAAGAUGUCACCCUUUAAACGCCAACUAUCCCUGCGCAUCAACGAGUUGCCUUCCACUAUGCAGAGGAAGACUGAUUUCCCCAUAAAAAAUGCAGUGCCAGAGGUAGAAGGGGAAGCGGAGAGUAUCAGCUCCCUGUGCUCACAGAUCACCAAUGCCUUCAGCACACCCUCCGAGGAUCCCUUUUCAUCCGCCCCAAUGACCAAACCACUGACAGUGGUGGCACCACAGUCUCCUGCCUUUCAAGCUAAUGGCACUGACUCAGCCUUCCAUGUGCUUGCUGCUAAGCCAGCCCAUACUGCUCUAGCACCCGUAGCAAUGCCUGUGCGUGAAACCAACCCUUGGGCCUAUGCCCCUGAUGCUGCUAACAAGGGAAUUGCAGCCACACAUUCGGGGACCGAGUGGGGUCAAUCUUCUGGUGCUGUCUCUCCAGGUCUCUUCCAGGCUGGUCACAGACGCACUCCCUCUGAGGCCGACCGCUGGUUGGAAGAGGUGUCCAAGUGCGUCCGGGCUCAGCAGCCCCAGGCCUCAGCUGCCCCUCUGCAGCCAGUUCUCCAACCUCCUCCACCCAGUGCCAUCUCCCAGCCAGCGCCACCUUUCCAAGGAAAUGCAUUCCUCACCUCUCAGCCUGUGCCAGUGGGUGUGGUCCCACCCCUGCAGCCAGCCUUUGUCCCUGCCCAGUCCUAUCCUGUGGCUAACGGGAUGACCUAUCCAGCCCCUAAUGUGCCUGUGGUGGGCAUCACUCCCUCCCAGAUGGUUGCCAACGUGUUUGGCACUGCAGGCCACCCUCAGGCUACCCAACCCCAUCAGUCUCCCAACCUGGUCAAGCAGCAGACAUUCCCUCAGUACGAGACAAGCAGUGCUACUGCCAGCCCCUUCUUUAAGCCUCCUGCUCAGCACCUCAACGGUUCUGCAGCUUUCAAUGGUGUAGACGAUGGCAGGUUGGCCUCAGGAGACAAGCACACAGAGGUUCCUGCAGGCACCUGCCCAGUGGAUCCUUUUGAAGCCCAGUGGGCCGCAUUAGAAAGCAAGUCCAAGCAGCGUACUAACCCCUCCCCCACCAACCCUUUCUCCAGUGACUUACAGAAGACUUUUGAAAUUGAACUUUAAGCAGUCCUUAUGGUUUACGUAUUUUGUCUGUACUUAGGCAAGGGCGGAGGGUGGAGGUCAAAGGAGCAAAGGGGACUUUGUGUUCCCAACCAGUACGCUUUUCACUAAUCCCAAAGGUCCCCAGGAGCAUGUCCAGGCAUAGAGUGCUGAAGGGGUGAUUGAUUGAAAAAAGUGGAGAAAACCAUUCCUAGAGAAGAGCUGUCUUGCAGUUAGACUAAAGAAGUUAAGGAAAUGUUACCCUCUGCCUCCCUCUUCCUCCCUCAGCCCCCUCACAAAUCUCUGGCAACAGAGAGGCAGAAGUAUCUGAACAGGAACCUGUAUUCAAAGCACAUUUACUGGAAUAUAAAACACAACGGGAAGCAAAACGAUCUCCCUUUGUUUUUCAGGCCAUUCACCUGCCUCCUCUCUCAGUACUGGCCUGUCUUAAAGAUCAAAAACAGGGUGGCCUGUGCUUGGGCUGGGGACAAGAGGCAGGCUGUGCUGCCAGAAUUCCCAGGAGGGCACAUCAGGAGCCGCCCAGCAGAGCUAUAUUUUAGGGGUAAAGUUGAGCUUCCAUUUUGAGUAAGAAUAAAUAUUAUAAAUAUAAAAAAGCCAAAAUCUUUAUUUUUAUGCAUUUAGAAUAUUUUAAAUAGUUCUCACUAUUAAAAAGUUGUAUGAGUUGUAAGUAAUCUUGCCAAAGGUAAAGGGUUAGCUGUAAGAAAUUGUACAUAAGAUUGAUUUAUCAUUAUGCCUAUUGAAGUAAAAAGAGGAAGGGUUGGAAGUUGCAGACGGGAUCCCUAGCUUACUUGGUAUCAUUUACUGUAAGUAGCACAUUGCAACAACAAUCAUGCUUAUGACCAAUAUAGUCAACUAGGUAGUAGUUUUAAAUAAAGAGCGAGCAGUAUUGUCCUGGUUUUAAACCUAUAAAGAAAUUCUAAUGUCAUUAUUUUAAUGGAAUCAAUCUAAAUAGAGAAUAUGUAUUUUCUUCUAUAUAUUGCUGCAGUUUCCUUAUGUUAAUCCUUUACUUUGUUUUAACACUAAGGUGACAAUGACAUAAUCAUAUCCAUAGACAGGAACACAGGUUACUGUGUUGGUUUGUCAUGUAGGUCUUGGUGGGUUUUGCUUUGUCCUUUAAGUUUUGUUCCCACGAGUUUUGUGGGGAUGGAGGUUCUAGUUUUAUUAGCACUGCGUGUGCGUGUGCGUGUGGGUGUGUGUGUGUCCAUCCCUCUCCCUCGCGGUGAGCAGAACAUCCCAUUUGCCAGUUGCAGCCACUUGACCUCUGGUAACAACAUGAGAUCCCAUCUCAUUUUUACUUUUGAACGUUGGCCUUACAAUCAAAUGUAAGUUAUAUAUAUUUGUACUGAUGAGAAUUUAUAAUCUGCUUUAACAGAAAUAAAUGUUCGUGGUAGAA